UAUUUAACAUCCCUAAUGCUUUGUUUUGCAAAAAAAAAUCCGAGCCGUGAACGAGAUUUGACCGGGAAGUGCAAGGAGGAAUAUUGCGUCAUCAGCAUAGCAUCGUUUAACCAAGAGCCAAAGUGUCUACGAUUGGUUGGCGCGAGCGCCAGCGGCACGGAAAGGUCCAGGCAAGAGUCGUGGAGGUGGAAGAGGGGCGAGGCGAUCAGGCUGCAGAUACUGACACUGCAGCCGCUGUAAAAAUGGCCAGCACUCCAGCAAGUGCGCCCAGCGGAGCUGGAGCUGGAGCUAGUGCCGGCGCCGGCACACUGGAAGGAACCCUGAGCAAAUGGACGAACGUAAUGAAGGGCUGGCAGUACCGCUUCUUCGUGCUGGACGAGAAUGCGGGCCUGCUCUCCUACUACACGUCCAAGGAGAAGAUGAUGAAGGGCGUGCGACGCGGCUGUGUGCGACUCAAAGACGCCUUGAUCGGCAUCGAUGAUCAGGAGGAUAACACCUUCACGAUAACCGUCGAUCACAAGACAUUUCACUUUCAGGCGCGUCACAGCGAGGAGCGGGAGCAGUGGGUGAGACGUUUGGAGGACACAAUACGACGCCACGCGAACCGCUCGCGUCUGUGGGACAGUCAGAGCGCAUUCUACAUUGCUGGCGGCUAUACCAAGGAGUCGAGCCACGGCGGCAAACGGCCCAACCAUCUGGAGCUGCUAGCACGCCGCGUUUCCGAAGCGGAUGCCUACCUCCAGCUGAUGAUAGAGCAGACAAACUUGCUGGAAAAGCGCAUCGCGGAUCUGAGCGACCCUGACGAGCAGGCCAAAUGCAAAGCGCUACAGGACAACGCCAGUGCCAUGCUGGAUCACAUCAAGCACUCGAUUGUUAGCCUACAAAUUGCCAAAAACAUGGCCCAUCCCAUCAAUGGCAUAUACAACGGUCCCCAGGCGGCCCCCUCGACAACCUCCUCGGGCAGCGGCGGUGUCUCCAUCGUCGGCGGUGGCAUUGGGCUGCCAAAGGAUGUGUUGGCCGGCAAGGGCGAGCCAGGGGACGACGAUGAUGAUUCAAUCACGGAAAAUGCCACCACAGCGCCCCUGGGUCUGGUUGUGCCCGAGACCUCCUACUCGAGCAGCGAAGGUGAAGAGGACUUUUACGAUGCCUACGAUGAUCCCUUUACCAGCCUGGGCAGUUCUCCGAUUGGCUGCGCCACGCGGGGAUUCGCGGAGCCCACAUCGCCGACCCACGAUGGGGAGGCCACUGGGCCGUCGACUGAGACGGUUGCCAGCACACUGCCGGAAAUCGAGGAGACCGCUGCGGAUGGGGAUGCGGUGGCGAGCAGGGCAACCAAGUCGGCCAAGACCUCGAUGAGCUCGCGCAGCGACAGCUACGACAAUGGCAUCGACUACGAUGCCCUGUACGAAGAGGAGGAGGAGACUGACCUCAGCAUGGAGGCGCACGGCUCGAUGAUCACCCAUCUGUUGUCGCAGGUGAAGAUUGGCAUGGACCUGACCAAGGUGGUACUGCCCACCUUCAUCCUGGAGCGUCGCUCCCUGCUGGAGAUGUAUGCCGAUUACUUUGCCCAUCCCGAUCUGUUUCUCAAAAUCUCGGAGUUGGACGACCCGCGCGAUCGCAUUGUCCAGGUCUGCCGCUGGUAUCUGAGCGCCUACCACGCCGGACGCAAGAGUGCGGUGGCCAAGAAGCCCUACAAUCCCAUACUGGGUGAAGUCUUUCAAUGCCACUGGGAUAUUCCCGACGAAGCUCAGGACACGAACGAGGUGCAGGACGGUCCAGUGCCCUGGUGCCGACGGAAUCAGCUAACCUUCUUAGCGGAGCAGGUGUCCCAUCAUCCGCCAAUUUCGGCCUUCUAUGCUGAGCAUUAUAAUAAGAAAAUUACUUUUGCGGCCCACGUCUGGACCAAGUCAAAGUUCUUGGGCCUCUCCAUUGGCGUGCACAACAUCGGCGAGGGCGUCGUCACCCUGGUGGACCGCAGCGAGGAGUAUAUUGUAACCUUCCCCAAUGGCUACGGGAGAUCUAUUUUAACGGUGCCUUGGAUCGAGCUGGGCGGCUCGGUGGAAAUCAAAUGUCCACAGACGGGCUACCAUGCCAACGUGGAGUUCCUCACGAAGCCCUUCUAUGGAGGCAAACGCAACAAGGUCUCCGCUGAGGUCUAUGCUCCCAAUGAAAAGAAACCCUUUGUGUCCAUAGCCGGCGAGUGGAGCGGCAUGAUGGAGGCCAAAUGGCACGAUAAGAAUAAAACCGAAGUAUUCGUUGACGUAAAUCGCAUACCAAUAUUUAAGAAACAAGUUCGACCAAUCGUUGAGCAGGAUGAAUACGAAUCGCGACGCGUUUGGAAGGAAGUGACAGCGGGACUCAAGUUCAACGACAUUGAACGUGCCACCAAUGCCAAAUUUGUUGUGGAACAGCAGCAGCGCGAUCAAGUCAAGGUGCGCAAGGAAUACGACCUGGCCUGGGAGCACAAGCACUUCAAGCCCGUGGGCGAAAACUGGAUCUAUGCCAAGUCGCUGAGUCAGCGCAUGUACUUGCAGGAGAAGGAGGCCAGAAGAUAAUGCAUGCAACUGGAGGCGGCAGAUAAGACAUCAAGAGCAACACCAAAAUUGUUUAUACAUAUACCAUAUAUACAUAUAUGAUUCAUAUCAAGAACGAGCCUCAACUAUAUGUAUAAUUUCCACAAGUGCGCAAACCUCUGAACACUGAUCGUCAGUAACAACGUAACAUAUGCAGGAAACGAUGAAGCAACAGAAUGUCGGAGCAGAUUUCUCUAAAGUCUGUCUGUUAAUUGUAAAUAAAAUAUACCCAGAAGCAGAAAACAGAAAGCAGAAAAGCAUAAUCCAAGGCAGCAGAACCGACGGAUUGAUAGAUAGAUCGAAUAGGAAAGCUAAGCUCUUCUGAAACGGGUUGCAAUACUUGAGUGAUACUUGAGAGCGGCGGACACUCACUAGAAACUAUCAACACACUACCCACUACACAACACAAUUAACAAUUAUUAUUUCCUAGGGACUAGUGUGUUUCAAAGGCAAUCGCAGUAAACUGCAAAACAAAUAACACCAAUUCAAUACCUUUUACAUUACUAACAAACUAACUAAAGGUAACAGAAACGGAAAACAAAACCAAUAGUGGGAUAUAUCAAAUGCUGUAGAUUACGAACGAUAGAGAAUUAAGGAUAGAAAUUCUAUUUUUGAAAUAAAAGACUCUGCUAUAGACGAAAUACAAUACUGAUAAGAAUGAUGUAUGCAUGCAUGCAUCUGCAUCGAUGCUGCAUCUAACGCUUGUUUCCAAGACCCAACCUAGCACACACCACACCACAAGAAACACAGUGCACAAUGAUAAUGAUUUGUCCCACUUGCAUAGUUUUUAAAUGAAAUACGAUUAUAUUAUAUAUAAACGCACACCUCUACUAGUAUUAUGUUUCGAAUUCCAAUUGUCACAAUGAUGAAUAAAGCUUUACUAACAGCCCGCUGCUAACACUCCAACGAAAUACACACAUACACCUCUAUACAGUAAUACGAUUAAAUUAAACUUACAUUUUUGAAAUGAA